GUCAUUUCCACAACAAAAAAGUUUUUCCUAUUGUUUUGAAUAUUUAAAAGGGAUCUUUGCGGAAAAUGUCGCAUCCUUUGGAGCCGCAGCAACGCACCCGCAAAUAUCCCUUUGUAAAUAUGCGGAUUUCGGAUCACACAAUACUGGAUUCCAUUGAGGGCCGCCACAAUUGCAAAUUGUGCAAUCGUUCACGCAAGUUCUUCUGCUACAGUUGCUAUAUACCGGUGGGAGAAUUGGAGGAAGUCCUGCCCCGCAUUGCGUUACCACUCAAAAUAGACAUAAUCAAACACAAGAAGGAAAUAGACGGCAAAAGUACGGCUGUGCAUGCGGCUGUUUUGGCGCCGGAACACGUGAGGAUUCACACCUAUCCGGAUAUUCCCGAUUAUCGGGAGGAACCCGGAGUGGUUCUAAUAUUUCCCAGUGCCACUGCCCUGACGGUUCCUCAGCUCUUCGAGCGGAAUGUCCAGCUGCAGAUAGGAGAUAACUAUGGCCUGCCAAAGGGUCACCACAUGGGAACCAUGCUGCGGAGACGAAUGGAUGAGGUCGAGGUGCAGGAGCCUCAUGCGAAGGAUCAGGAAUCGCCGAAGAAAACAUGGAAUCUGGAGAACCUGCCCAUUCGUAGAGCUGUCUUCAUAGACAGCACGUGGAACCAGAGUCGCGGAAUAUACGCAGACGAGAGGAUUCGCAACCUAAGAACCGUAGUCCUACAGAAUAGAUUAUCCCAGUUUUGGCGCCAUCAGCGGGGAAGUCCACGUUGGUAUCUGGCCACGAUCGAAGCUGUUCACCAGUUCCUCCUCGAAGUGCACAUCAAUGCCUGGGGUUUGAGCUCUUCGUACAGAGGACUGGAUAAUCUUGAGAUUACCGAAGGCUUCCAUCAACUGGCAGCACCUUUAAAGAUCGAAACUCACAUGGAGGAUAUAGAUAGGAUGUCUCCCUACAAUGGACAAUAUGACAAUCUUCUGUUCUUCUUCGCCAAUAUGUAUGAUCUCAUUCACAAGUACUAUGACCAUAACGAUCUAAUAUCCUAUCGACGUCCCAUUUAGUUUUCUAUGUAUAUAUUAUAUAUUGGAUAGUGAGAAAUACACAUUACUGUUGGCUAA